CCUCCUUCCUCCCCGAGCAAACGAAGAGGAAACAUAUGACUUUUCUGCAGCGGUGAGGCUGAAACCUGCCGACUGAAACCCUCUCAGGGCUGAUUCAGAAAACUAACCCGCCGGAGCAGCGACUUUGAAGGACGCAGUGAUGAAGUUCACCUCCACAGACUGAGUCCAAAUCCACUAAGAGGCCCUGACGUCCGAUGACCCGCCUCCUCUGACUCCGCCUCCUCUGACUCACCUGAGUCCACCUGGUGUUGAGCGGCGGGCGGGGCCGGCCCUGCUCAGGGUGGAGGAGGGGGCGUGACCCGGGAUGGACAGCCGAUGCAGCAGCAGCGCCGAUUCACGGCUGACGGGCAGGGGGGCGGGCUCUAUCAGCACCACGCCCAUCUCCGCCAGGGUGGAGCCGUACGAAGCCGGGGAGAAGAAGUGCAUCUCUGACGUGAGGAGGACCUUCUGCCUGUUCGUCACCUUUGACCUCCUGUUCGUCACCUUGCUCUGGAUCAUAGAGCUCAAUGUGAAUGGCGGCAUUCCUACGCAGCUGGAUAAAGAAGUCCUGCACUACGACUACCGCGCCUCCUUCUUCGACAUUUUUCUGCUGGCUGUUUUCAGGUUUGCCACGCUCAUCCUGGCGUACGCCGUCUGUAAGCUGCGUCACUGGUGGGCCAUCGCGAUCACCACUGCGGUCAGCUGCGCUUUCUUGAUCGUUAAAGUCAUUUUAUCAAAGCUGCUGUCUCAGGGGGCCUUCGGGUACCUGCUGCCCAUCAUCUCCUUCGUGUUGGCGUGGAUAGAAACGUGGCUGCUCGACUUCAAAGUGCUGCCUCAGGAGGCCGAAGACGAAAACAGAUAUCAGUCCAUCAUGGACGCCACAGAGCGAGCUCCCCUCCUGGGUCCGGGUCCUUUAUCUGACGGACAGUUCUACUCUCCACCGGAGUCCGUGGCAGACUCCGACGAAGACCUGGAUGAUAAACAUGAUCCAGAAAAAGGGCUCAUUCAGCAGGUGACCUAACAGGAUCUUCACUUGGGAAGUUGUUCUCCCGCUGUGCUAAGGGAAAAUUCUGCCUUACACUUUCUGCCUGUUGAGUUUUUAUUGGCCUGAAAGCAGUCUGUGUUUUCAUCCCCACCAAUGCUCCUCUGUUCCUGACGUGAGCUCUCUGCAUGUACACCUGGGACUGCAAAAGUGCCGCUUUAAAAGCAACGCCAGUGUCACCGUUCAAUAAUUGUCAUUAAUUUCCUGGAUUUUUUUUCUCAUCAAAACUCUGGAGAUUCAAAAUAAUCCAUAUUUAUACACAAAAUUGCACAUUUUGGCCCAAAUGCAUGAGAAAAAUCAGAUUAUGGAUCAAUUUUAGAAUCAGACUGUAAAUUCAGAGUGUUUCUACACAUUUGAUGACAGUUUCUUUCGUAUUUAAAGUAUUAAUGUCAUAUUUUCACGUUUACUCCUGUUAAUCGUUUUCACACGCUCGGGUUUGAAGUCACUGUAAAGGACAAUAAGCUUGCUCCACAGACUGCAUAAAGAAAAGGAUUUUUUUUCGGCCAGUAUUGAGCUUAUGGACCACGUUUGUAGCAAAAAGCAAGAAGCGGAAUAUUUACAAUUUACUGUGUUUAAUGGUAACUUAAAAAUGUAUUCGACUACUUCAAGGUCUUAAAAAAGUGGAGAAACAACUUGCACAGAACAUUGGAACAACAUUAUAAUAUUAAGAAUAAUACUGUCUGAGGUAUUAUUGUAAAACAAAAUGAGCCGUGAAUGUGCAGCACUUAAACAUGAAGGAAUGAACUGUAAACUGCUCCAAAAAACAAGCUGCUAUUAGACACAGUUGGAGUUCAGUAUGAGCUGAAAGUACAUGUACAUAUGUCUUCAUGCAUGCCUCGCAAGCCGAUUGGUUUUGUUUUUAUGAAAAGCUUGUCUGUAUAAUAGAAUCAUUAAAAUGUGAAAUCUUAAAAAA